CUCUGCAGACCAGCAGUGGGGGGAGGACUCGGAUCUUGCUCCAGGCCGACCGGAUCCGAAUCUGCUAUUUAGAAAACCCUCCAGGGAAGCAUAGGCUCAGGCGGAAGUUCUGACGACCGGAGGCCACCAGCAACGUGCUGCCCCAGGAGGGCUGGAGAUGGCGGUUUCCCCGAAGUCCUGCCUCCACAGCUGUCUGCUCAUCCUCGCUUUCCUCCCGCUGUCCAAGCCGGACUCCGCCCAGUUCGACGUGAUCGGGCCGCCGGAGCCCAUCCUGGCCGUGGUGGGUGACGACGUCGAGCUGCCCUGCCACCUGUCCCCAAACGUGAGCGCCGAGCGCAUGGAGCUGCGGUGGUUCCGCGGGAAGGUGGCGGCCGCGUUGCUGGUGCGCCGGGACGGGCGCGAGCAGGACGGGGAGCAGGUGGCCCAGUACCGCGGCAGAGCCACGCUCGUGGACCGCGACAUCGCUGCGGGGCGCGUCGCCGUGAGGAUCCACCGGGUCAGGGCCUCGGACGACGGCGAGUACCGAUGCUUUUUCCGGCAGGACGGAAGCUACGAGGAGGCCAGCGUGCACCUGAAGGUGGCCGCUCUGGGCUCUGAUCCUCACAUCCAUAUGGAAGUUCGAGAAAAUGGAGAGGUCCAGCUGGAGUGUACCUCGGUAGGAUGGUACCCAGAGCCGCACGUCCAGUGGAGGACGUCUGGGGGAGAGCAGUUUCCAUCCACCUCAGAGUCUAGGAAUCCUGAUGAAGAAGGCCUGUUCACUGUAGCAGCUUCGGUGAUCAUCAGAGACCCCUCCAUGAAGAAUAUAUCCUGCUCUAUCCGGAACCUCCUUCUUGGCCAGGAGAAGGAAGUAGACAUUUCCAUACCAGCUCCCUUCAUCCCAAGGUUGACUCCCUGGAUGGUGGCGGUGGCUGUCAUCUUGAUGGUCCUAGGAUUUCUGACAAUUGGGUCCAUAGUUUGCACUUGGAGACUCUACAAGGAAAGAUCCAGACAAAGAAAGGACGAAUUCAGCUCUAAGGAGAAACUCCUAGAAGAGCUCAGAUGGAAAAAGGCUACGGUGCAUGCAGUGGAUGUGACUCUGGAUCCAGACACUGCCCACCCCCACCUCUUUUUGUAUGAGGAUUCCAGAUCUGUCCGGCUGGAAGAUUCACGUCAGGAGCUGCCUGAGAAACCAGAGAGAUUUGACUCCUGGCCUUGUGUGUUGGGUCGUGAGACCUUCACGUCAGGGCAACACUUCUGGGAGGUGGAAGUGGGAGACAGGGCUGACUGGGCAGUCGGGGUGUGCAGGGAAAAUGUGGUGAAGAAAGGGUUUGACCCCAUGACUCCAGAGAAUGGGUUCUGGGCUGUGGAGUUGUAUGGGAACGGGUACUGGGCCCUCACCCCGCUGCGGACCCCUCUCCCCCUGGCAGGGCCCCCUCGUCGGGUUGGGAUUUUCCUGGACUAUGAAUCAGGUGACGUCUCCUUCUACAAUAUGACCGAUGGGUCCCAUAUCUAUACUUUCUCCAAUACCUCCUUCUCUGGCCCGCUCCGGCCUUUCUUCUGCCUGUGGUCCUGUGGCAAAAAGCCCCUCACCAUCUGCCCGGUCACUCAUGGGCCUGAGAGAGUCACCGUAGUUGCUGAUGCCAAGGCCUUCACUAAGGAGAUCCCACUGUCCCCCAUGGGGGAGGACUCGGCCUCUGGGGAUACCCUCCAUUCUAAACUAAUCCCUACCCAGCCCAGCCAAAGGGCACCUUAAGGAAUAUCCCAACC